AUGGUGAUAUUUGUGAUACUGGUGUUAGUGUUGCUAACCCAAAUGAUGUCUAUUUCUCCAGUGGUUAAACACACCAUCACUCGCCCUAUUCUUACUCAUCACAAGUGCUAUCAUGCAGGAGAUUUCAUCAUUGCUGGCAUUAUUUCUCAGAUAUACAUAUUGCCUAAUCCAAUCAAAUUUGAAGAACAUCCUUCUCAUGAAGCAUUUGACAAUAUCAUCAACUUCCAUGCAAGAUGGACCUACCUUGCCUCAAUGGAACUUCUGUCUACACCAGGCGGGUUUAUCCCAAACUACAAGUGUGACAUUCAGAAUAGUCCAGUUGCAGUCAUUGGGGGACCCAAUUCUGAUAUAUGUCUCUACAUUGCAACCAUCCUGGGCAUUUAUAAGAUUCUCCAGCUUACGUAUGGCUCUGCUCCAGUGAUAAAUGAUGAAACCCAUGGAGUUUCUUUGCACCAGAUGUUCCCAAAUGGAGACAAACAGUAUAUGGGUAUUGUCCAGCUACUGCUGCAUUUUCAGUGGACAUGGAUUGGGGUGCUUUUCAUAAAUGAUGACAGUGGAGAGAGAUUGAAAGCAAGCAUGCUUCACACUUUCUCCCAGAAAGGCAUCUGCUUUGAUUUUGUCGAAAGAUUUCCAAAAGCAGUAUUUUCUACUGGAAUUAAUGAUUUGGUGCUGGAGGGGAUCCACACAAUCAAUGUUAUUAUGAAAAGCACUGCCAAUGCAGUGGUUGUAAAUGGUGAAAUCCACACCAUUCUUGUUUUAAGAACACUGUUGCAUCUUCAAGAAUUUGAGGAAAUACCCAUAAAAACAAAGAUCUGGAUUAUGACAGCCGAGAUGGAUUUUACAGCACUUAGUGCUCAAAAAAGUUGGGACAUCCACUUUAUCCAUGGCAGCAUAUCCUUGGCAAUUCACUCAAAGGAUCUUCCAGGAUUCCACACAUUUCUUCAAACAAGAAACCCUACCACAGCAAAAAAAGACGAUUUUAUUAGGGUCUUCUGGGAAAAUGCUUUUAGCUGUACUUUCCAUAGUUCCACCUUAGAAGAGGAUGCUGGUGAAAUCUGCACUGGGGAAGAAAAACUGGAGACACUUCCUCAGUCAGUUUUUGAAAUGAGAAUGACUGGUCACAGCUAUAGUAUCUACAAUGCUGUACAUGCAGUGGCAGAAGGUUUACAUGCUAUGUAUUCAUUUAAAUUCAAAAACAUAGCAAAAGUCAGUGAAAGAACAUGGAACCUUAUUAAUCAACAGCCAUGGCAGCUUCACCAUUAUCUAAAUCAUUUAUCAUUUAACAACAGUGCUGGAGAAAAGGUUUCCUUUGACCAAAAGGGGAAUUUAAUUGCUGGAUUUGAUAUUAUCAACUGGAUCACAUUCCCAAACCACUCCUUUCUUAGAGUCACGGUUGGACAGAUAGCAUCACAGGCUUCCCUGGACAAAUUAUUCAUUUGUGAAGAUGCCAUCCAAUGGCCCAAUAGAUUUAACCAGGCAAAGCCACUUUCUCAGUGUAAUGACAACUGUCGCUCAGGUUAUAGUAAGUCAAAGAAGGAAGGGAAGCCAUUUUGCUGCUAUGAUUGUCUCCGCUGUCCAGAGGGCAAGAUUUCCAACCAGAAGGACAUGGAUGACUGUUUCAUAUGUCCAGAAGAUCAUUAUCCAAACAGUGACCAGGAUAUGUGCACCCCAAAAGCUGUGACCUUCCUGUCAUAUGAAGAGCCUUUGGGGCUUACUCUGGCUAUUAUUGCUCUUUUCUUUUCCUUCAUCACAGUUUUGGUGCUUUGCAUCUUCAUUAAGCACCAGAAAACUCCCAUAGUGAAAGCCAAUAACAAAGAGCUCACCUUCACUCUCCUUAUCUCCAUCGUGCUCUCCUUCCUUUGUACAUUGCUAUUUACUGGGCAACCUUCAAGGCUGACAUGUUUCCUUCAACAAACUGCCUUUGGCAUCAUCUUCUCAGUGGCUGUUUCUUGUAUUUUGGCCAAGACAAUCAUUGUGGUUCUAGCUUUCGUAGCUACAAAACCAGGCUCCAGGAUAAGAAGCUGGAUGGGGAAACAACUGGCCAACUCAAUUGUUCUGUGCUGUUCCAUGAUUCAAACCACCAUUUGCACUGUGUGGCUCUCAACCUUUCCCCCAUUCCCAGAUUUGGACAUGCACUCCAUGACUAAAGAAAUUGUACUGGAAUGUAAUCAAGGGUCAGUCAGUAUGUUUUAUUGCGUCCUGGGCUAUAUGGGUUUCCUGGCCAUUGUCAGCUUCACUGUGGCCUUCUUAGCCAGGAAGUUGCCUGACAGUUUUAAUGAAGCCAAGUUUAUCACCUUCAGCAUGCUGGUCUUUUGCAGUGUGUUGUUGUCAUUUGUUCCAACUUACUUGAGUACCAAGGGCAAAUACAUGGUGGCUGUGGAGAUCUUCUCCAUUUUAGGCUCCACUGCUGGUUUAUUAGGCUGCAUCUUUUCCCCCAAAUGCUAUGUUAUUUUAUUGAGGCCUGAACUGAACAGCAGAGAACACCUAAUGGGGAAAAAGAGAAAAAGAAGUUAA